AUGGUGCAUUGGAAGAUAUCGGCAGGCCUGCUCUUGGCCUGUUCCUUAUUCCCGGAUAACCAUCGUUGUCCCUCUCCUGGAUCUUCUCUCCAUACUGCUGUUGAUCUGGAGGACGGGGCUGGAAGAGACGUCGAAGAGACAUACCACCAACUACACUCUCUCACUUCUGAUGAUGGUGUUGCAGGUGGUUAUCAUAGUGAAGAUGGUGGCUUGGAAGCUGUGGACAGGCUUCAUGGAGGACAGAGCAGACAGACCAGAGAUCAGUUUACUUCUUCCAGCCAUGCCCUGGCCACUCAGAACAGUGCAUCUACAAGUGAGAGAACCGAUGCCGAACAUCCUCAGCAAGAUCUCCAACUGCACCACUGGCUCCAAAAAGGCAGAUUGGCGGUCAAGAAUUCACUCGUGGAAUGGCAAUCAUUGAAAGAUCAUUUCGUGUUUCUUGAGAAAGAGUUAUACAAAGAGUUGGAAUCAGUGGACCAUGAUAAUAUCCAUGACAUCCAACAUCUUUCUGGAAUUCUCCGCCAAUUACACGAUUCUCAUAAGCUUAUUGGAAGGGUCUUUGGAGACACCUCAGUUGAACACAAUUUGGAACAAAGAGAACACUUUGAUGGGAGUUUCUCACAAAACACUUUAGAAGAUUACUCGCAAAGCAUUGAAGGGCUAUUCUCAAUUAUCAAAGGAUACCAACAUCAGCCAUCAUAUGACUACCAACUAUGGCUUGCAGGAAACAUGGAGAAGUCCUCAGAUGUUAAGUAG